AUGUCAAUAUCAAAUAUUCGAACAACGGCACCUAAUGAUCAAUUCACAACGUCACCAAUCUUAACUAAAAAGCCAUUAGCAUUUGUUCAACCAUGUAUUCGGACGAAUGACAAUCAACUCGAAAAAAACAUGUCAUUUACAUCUGAUGAACCAUUUUCAUACGUUAGCCAAACGAGAAGACUUCCAAUGAAUAGCAUCACAAUGUAUAAUCAUGAACAAAGCAAUUGA